CAAAUUAGAAGACUCGGACACGUAUAUACUUAUGUUUGCCGGAUUUCUGAUGGCGACCAUCUUUGGCGGCAUCCAUUGUAUGGCUUGGUUUUUUGCCUUUCCUACAAAUUUGGAACGGCUCCUGUGGCGCAUCAGUGCCGUCGCUAUAACUUGCACACCCUGCCUUGAAAUUCUUUUUACCUUAGUUGGGAGAACACUUGAAUGGGACAUAAUAAUUGUUACUAUAAUUAUAUCUGCCCUGUUGUACGUUGUAUCUCGUGUUAUGCUCUUGGUACUUAUGUUCACGACAUUGCGCCAUCUUCCUCUUCACGCGUACAUGACGGUGUCGUGGAUUAGUUUGGUGCCGCACUUGUAGUUUGCUUACUUUCAUAUUUUUGGAAUCAUACUCAGCAUUAUACAGGCACUGUCAUAGUACGCAAAAAUUGUAUU